AUGUCGUUGCAACCGUCUUCCACGCUACCCCAAUCCCCUGAAAGCACCGCCGUCGUCAAGACGCCCUCGAAUGGUUCGUCGAAGCAGUUCUCCCGAUUGGGCCGUCUCUUGACUCAGCCUCUUCAGCACCUCUGGGUUCGUCUGCUCUAUCUCGUCUUGAUGCUGGCCGCGUGGAUGGCGGAUUUGGCCCUCGGCUGGCUCAUCUACCGCGAUUCUGUGCUCCAACUGCCCGGUCUGGUGUUCGGUGUCGUCGAGACCGGUCUCUUGACCGCCAUGCUCACGUUCAAUCUGGUCGCUCUGAUAGCUUUUGGUCUGGAGGCCAUGGCUCUGACCAAUCUCUACUGGGCUGAAGAGGACACUUGGCUGAUGCUGGACCUUGUCGCCUGCCUCACCCUCUGGCUGGCCUGGCUGCCCAACUGCCUGACCCACACCUAUUUGGCGGCCUGUCGUGAGUCGGCCGUAUCCAUCGGCCUGCUAGCCAAAGCGGUCGUCUUCCUAUUCCUACUCUUCAUCCGUUGUCUUGCCCAUCUCAUGUACUACCUAAGCAGCCUGGAGCAGGAGGACGGCUACCUGCAGGUGGCCGCCUCCAGCAUCCCUAGCCUCGGUCGGCCCGCCAAGGCCUCUUCGGACAGCGAGCAGACCUGCACUGAGACAGAUCCACUCACCGAAAAGCCCAAAAGAAGGCAGGUCAUCGUCUGUUGUGACGUCCGACGAGUGACUGGGUUGCGUCGUUUCUGGUGCACCAUUCGAGGCUUCUUCUUCUUUGGCCUCAUUGUCAUGUUCUUCUGUAACCUGCUCAUCUUUAAGUUCACCUUUGUACAGACCUACCAAGGCCAUUUGGAGUGGCGAAAAAUACCCUACGGUCAGCCCUCUAACCUUCUCAACAACAUGGCUGAGCGCUAUUUUGCGGAUGUUGACAUCUUCGUCAGAUACAAUCUCCUCAAAUUUCCAGGCUCGGAAGAGGCCAGUGAAGAUGACGCAUGGAUUCGUAUAAUUGGCUUACAUGAUCUUUUCAAGUCACAAGAAAAUGGCGAAAAACUCACAUUCGAACUGGUCAGUCUGAAUCUGACACGACAGACUCUCAUCUUUUUUACCUCCAGCAACCAGGAGGACAGCAACUCGACCUCACGAGUCACAUGCUGGGAGUUGGUG